GGGUGUUCCAUUUCGGAGCUUCCUUGUCCAGUCUUCCCCCCAAAAUUGAACCCCCGCCCCCACUCUCUGUGUUUUCAAUUGAAAACCCUUGCUACGUGACUGCAUUGAGCCGUCGACCACCACUCCACCGUCGCCGUCGACUCACCAUCGCCGACCGCAGUCGUUGGUUUCCCUGCGCCUUCUGGCUGCUGCUCGCAUAGUCUCUGUCCCUACCGAGACCUUCCGGCGUCUGUCGCCCCCUUACAGUCGCCGGCCCUCCCAUCUUGGCAUCUUCUCGACUUCUCCUGCUGAAUCUACUACUGGGAAUUGCCAGGUUCUCUGCCACAUAUUUCAUGAAAAAAUGGGAUUAGCUUUGCAUAUUAAAAAAGCUCAGGAGACAGGAGUAGUGAUUUGAAUUAUGGAGUUGAUACACCACUGUGACUAAUAGAAGUAUACAUGUGGUUAAUGUUUUGCCCUGAAUCUGUCCUAGUUUUGUAGAUAUUUCAUUGGAUUUGGUUAAUGGUGCAAAAUUGAACUCUUUAUAGCUUGUAUGGUGGAAAUAGUAGAGUAUAUAGAGAGGAGGAUAUUACAAUAGACACCAUGAUUGGUGAUUUUUAAGGAUUCUCAUGCAGUUUCUCUUUUCAAGCAAGCCCAAGGAUGGAAGAUCUCCAAAAAUCCCCCCAAUUGGGUUAUCCUGUUGAUGGUGGUGAUGCAAAAUAUGUCUCUGGGCUUAGUACCAUACUGGUUGCCACAAUUCAGGAAGCAAAAGACAGGAUUUCUCAGAUAGAAUAUAUUUUCUGCAGCCAAUUAUUCCCAAAUUUUCAAUCAAAAUCGAAGAGCUUGCAGAAAAUUUAUACUGAGGCCAGGAAAGCUGCUGAAGACGCAUGGAAAGAGAAGGAAAAAGUUCUCUUAGUACAAAUAGAAGAGCUUCAGCUUGAAAAUAAACUGAUCCUUCAAGAAAAUCAGUCCCUCAAGUUGGAGAAGAAAAAAUUUUUGAAUCUUGAAGGUCCCUUACAGAAUAAGAUUUUUGAGCUCCAAGAAGAAGUUAAGCAGAGGACUGAAGAGCUGGCAGAGAGCAGGGAAAACCAGGCGAAUUUACUUAGAGCUCUUGAAACAAAAGCCUCUCUUAUGGUAAAUAAUGAAAAAACCUUGAAAGAGCUUGAAGAUAAAAAUAAUCUGCUUCUGAUAAAGCAGAGAAGUUUAGAGCUUGAAGCUCGGGAAACUCGAGAAGAGCUUGUGAAGAAGUCAAAAGAAGUUGAUGAAGGAAUGGAACUGCAGGAUAAAUUGCUUCUAUUGAUUCAAUCAAAGGCAAGUUUGAUGUUGCAAAAAGAAAAGGAAUUGAAGGAGCAGGUAAAAAAGACAAAUGAACUUCUCGAAAAAAUUGAAAGUUUAGAGAGAAAUGUUAAUACAGUUCAAGAGCAGCUUAAUGCAAGAACUGAUGAAGCUCAGAAGGAAAAGGAAUUGCAGGAAAAGCUGCAGAAAGAAAUUGAACUACAUGUCUUAAACAAUGCCAAUAAUGAACAGUUAAUCAAUAAUUAUGAAACCGGGAAGAAAUUACUCACUGGCAAAAUACAAAGUUUGGAGGAAAGCAUGGAUGGGCUUCAACAGGAGCUCAGAAAGAAAAUUGAAGAGGUGGAAGCGGUACAAAAAUUGCAUGAACGGUUACUCCAACAGUUUGAACUGAAUAAUUUGGAACUGUUGAAGACUGGGCGGCAGUUGGAAGAGCUUGAGAGAGAGAAAAAACUGCUUCUGGUUAAACUAAAAUGUUUAGAGGAGAGAGUUGAUAAGCUUCACUUGGAUCUUAGAGAGAGAAACAACGAGACAUCUGAAGAAAUGCAAUUGCAUGGCAAAUUACUCCAGCGGAUUGAAGCAAAAGACUCUGAGUUACUGUCUGAGAAGAAGAAGAACAGGGAUGCUGUUGCAGCAUAUAAACGUCUCAAAUCUGAAUACAACUUUCUGCUUAAAAAAUUUAAUCUCAAUACUGAGAGAGUGCUCCCCAAGAAUGGAAGAGAAGAUGAAAGUGAUUCAUUAGGGCAUAAUGGGAAUCCAGAUACAACUUCACCUGAUAAUCAAAAUGUGACUCCAAAUGCUAUGAUGGUUGCCUCUGAUGCCAAAAGGAACUUGGAUGAUUUCAAAGAGGCAGGAUUAAUUCAAAGACCAAGCUCUGACUCACCAUCUGCUUCCCGUUCACCUGUUGUACUAAACUGCUCUACUUCCCAUUCUCCUGCUGUGCCGAAUUGCAGCAGUGAUGCCAAAUCUGGCUCACUAGCUGGCACAAAACGUCCAGUCUCUUCUUGGAGAGAUACAAGGACCCAUCAACAGCGAGGUGGCCUGGAUCCCCAUGAUGAUUUUCUUGAUACUCCUUUGGAGAAUUUAAAGAAGGCCAUUAAGGAAGAAGUUCGCCCAGCUCCAGCUCCAGCUCCAGCUCCAGCUCCAAAGGACAUGACUGUUGACAGCUCCAAUGAUGAUGAAACACAGGACCCUGCGCUGCAUAAACUGCAGGUACAGGAUCCCAUUGUUCCUAGGCCUGGACCCAGGGGUUUUAAGUAUGUCGAACCAGUAAGGAAAAAGGCUGAGAGAGAAAAUCUGAAAGGAAUUGAGUGUAAGCAAUGCAAGAAAUUUUAUGAUGCUGUUCUUCCUGAUGGUGGCGGCGAAGGCCAAGGCAGUGGCAGUAAUAGGCAGCAGCUACGAUGUGAACAUCACAGCGGGGUUUCCAGGCACCGAUAUAGGUAUGAGCCUCCUUCGACUCCUGAAGGAUUUUGGAACAUUGGAUUUGAAUCUGAAAUGUGAGUUGUUCAUUGAACUACAGACUGACAGUUGAAUCUGACAAUGAUUUUUUUGUUAUUCUUUUUUCUUACAAAGAGAUCAUCAUCGACUGAAUCAACAAAUCUUAUUUUCCUGUAAAUGUUGAACCAUGGCACUGAUAUAUUCGAGCUCAAACCAUCUUUGU